AUGCCCCCUGUUAUAUACCCACGAGACAUGCCCCUGUUCUAUACCCACGAGACAUGCCCCCUGUUUUAUACCCACGAGACAUGCCCCUGUUCUAUACCCACGAGACAUGCCCUGUUCUAUACCCACGAGACAUGCCCCUGUUCUAUAUCCAGGAGACAUGCCCGUUCUAUACCCACGAGACAUGCCCCUGUUCUAUACCCACGAGACAUGCCCCUGUUCUAUACCCACGAGACAUGCCCAUGUUCUAUACCCACGAGACAUGCCCCUGUUCUAUACCCACGAGACAUGCCCGUUCUAUACCCACGAGACAUGCCCAUGUUAUAUACCCACGAGACAUGCCCCCUGUUCUAUACCCACGAGACAUGCCCCUGUUCUAUACCCACGAGACAUGCCCGUUCUAUACCCACGAGACAUGCCCGUUCUAUACCCACGAGACAUGCCCCUGUUCUAUAUCCAGGAGACAUGCCCGUUCUAUACCCCAUGCCCCUGUUCUAUACCCACGAGACAUGCCCGUUCUAUACCCACGAGACAUGCCCCUGUUCUAUAUCCACGAGACAUGCCCGUUCUAUACCCACGAGACAUGCCCCCUGUUCUAUACCCACGAGACAUUUCCGUUCUAUACCCACGAGACAUGCCCGUUCUAUACCCACGAGACAUGCCCGUUCUAUACCCACGAGACAUGCCCGUUCUAUACCCACGAGACAUGCCCGUUCUAUACCCACGAGACAUGCCCGUUCUAUACCCACGAGACAUGCCCCCUGUUCUAUACCCACGAGACAUGCCCCCUGUUAUAUACCCACGAGACAUGCCCCUGUUCUAUACCCACGAGACAUGCCCUUGUUCUAUACCCACGAGACAUGUCCCUGUUCUAUACCCACAAGACAUGCCCCUGUUCUAUACCCACGAGACAUGCCCCUGUUCUAUACCCACGAGACAUGCCCCUGUUCUAUACCCACGAGACAUGCCCCUGUUCUAUACCCACGAGACAUGCCCUGUUAUAUACCCACGAGACAUGCCCCUGUUCUAUACCCACGAGACAUGCCCCUGUUCUAUACCCACGAGACAUGCCCGUUCUAUACCCACGAGACAUGCCCCCUGUUCUAUACCCACGAGACAUGCCCCCUGUUCUAUACCCACGAGACAUGCCCCUGUUCUAUACCCACGAGACAUGCCCCCUGUUCUAUACCCACGAGACAUUUCCCUGUUCUAUACCCACGAGACAUGCCCCUGUUCUAUACCCACGAGACAUGCCCCCUGUUAUAUACCCACGAUACAUGCCCCUGUUCUAUACCCACGAGACAUGCCCCCUGUUCUAUACCCACGAGACAUGCCCCUGUUCUAUACCCACGAGACAUGCCCCCUGUUCUUUACCCACGAGACAUUUCCCUGUUCUAUACCCACGAGACAUGCCCCCUGUUCUAUACCCACGAGACAUGCCCCUGUUCUAUACCCACGAGACAUACCCCCGUUUUAUAG